GGCAGUAGCAAAGAGAAAAAGUCUUCCAAAAUGCGUGAAAUCGUUCAUGUGCAGGCUGGCCAAUGCGGAAAUCAGAUUGGCUCUAAAUUUUGGGAAGUCAUCUCAGAUGAGCACGGCAUUGAUUCAUCGGGUGCAUAUGUUGGGGAAUCUGAUCUCCAGCUUGAGCGCGUCGGUGUUUUUUACAAUGAAGCUGCUGGUGGUCGUUACGUCCCUCGUGCAAUCCUUAUGGAUUUAGAACCAGGGACGAUGGAUGCUGUCAGAGCUGGACCCUUCGGUUACCUUUUCCGCCCGGAUAACUUCGUGUUCGGGCAGUCUGGCGCUGGCAAUAACUGGGCGAAGGGCCAUUAUACUGAAGGUGCCGAAUUGAUAGAGGGCGUUCUCGAGGUCGUUCGCAAAGAGGCAGAAGGCUGUGACUGUCUGCAAGGAUUCCAGAUCACUCAGUCUUUGGGCGGUGGCACUGGUUCUGGAAUGGGAACGUUACUGAUUUCGAAGGUUCGAGAAGAAUUUCCUGAUCGAAUUAUGGAAACGUUUUCGGUGUUCCCUUCCCCAAAAGUUUCUGACACAGUCGUUGAGCCCUACAAUGCCACCCUCUCAGUCCAUCAACUUGUUGAAAAUGCUGAUGCUGUGCAAGUGAUCGAUAAUGAAGCGUUGUAUGACAUUUGUUUCCGUACUUUGAAACUCUCAACACCAAAAUACGGCGAUUUGAAUCAUCUUGUCUCUUUCGCAAUGUCUGGAGUCACUUGCUGUCUUCGGUUCCCUGGACAGCUCAACUCUGAUUUGCGAAAGAUGUGUGUUAAUUUGAUUCCAUUCCCACGGCUUCAUUUCUUCAUGAUCGGUUUUGCUCCACUGACGUCCCAAUCAUCCCAGAUCUACCGCUCAUUGACUGUUCCUGAACUCACUCAACAGAUGUUUGACGCCAAGAACAUGAUGUGUGCAAGUGACCCUCGUCAAGGUCGGUAUUUAACGGCAUCCGUGAUGUUCCGCGGGAAGAUGUCGACGAAAGAGGUCGAUGAGCAGAUGUUAAACGUCCAAAAUAAGAAUAAGACCUAUUUCGUUGAGUGGAUACCAAACAAUAUCAAGUCGGCUGUAUGCGAUAUCCCUCCUAAAGGGUUGAAGAUGUCGUCGACGUUUAUCGGUAACUCGACUUCAAUCCAAUUGAUGUUCAGAAGAGUCUCGGAGCAAUUCACGGCGAUGUUCCGUCGUAAAGCUUUCUUGCAUUGGUACACAAAUGAGGGAAUGGACGAAAUGGAAUUCACUGAAGCGGAAUCUAACAUGAACGAUUUGGUGGCGGAAUAUCAACAACAUCAGGACGCACCUCUUGAAGAAGAAGCUGAUUUUAUCGAAGAAGAUGCAGAUCAACAUUUUUAG